AUGGCUGACUCUAGCGGGCUUGGUGUUUCUGAGGAACCACUUUAUAAUCUUGAUAGUGAUGAACUUGAGGCUGAAAGUGUAGACAUUCAAUGUGAUGUGAAUGUUGAAGAUGGGGUCAAUGUCGAAGAUGGGGUGAAUGUGAUGCCCUCUUCGAGUAGUUGUCCUUUGGAGCCAUAUGUCGGUAUGUUAUUUGACGAUGUGGAAGACGCCCAAGCAUAUUAUAAAGCAUAUGCAAGGCGUAAAGGAUUUGCUAUUCGGACGAAUCAUACUCAAUUGUCGAAAGAUGAUAAGAAACUACUUGCAGUAGACUAUGUAUGUACAAGGGAAGGAUUUCGGCGGAUAAAUCGGAAAGAAAAAGAACGAAUAAUGCCUGAACCUGACGAGAAAAAGAUUGGAUGUAAAGCUUUGAUGGGUAUAAAAAAAGAUGGUGAACACUGGAUAGUCAACAAGUUUGUGGUUGGACAUAACCAUAUUUUACUCACACCAAGAAGUACUAGUUUCCUACGUGGACAUAGGGGAGUUACUAAAGUCCAAACAAAACUUAUAAUGACUUUGAAUGAGUCCGGGGUACCGACAAGGAAGAUUAUGUCGGUGUUGAGUAAAGAAUCAGGUGGUGACUUCAAUGUUGGCUGUAUUGGCAAGGAUGUAGAAAAUUUCUUGGGCACCAAAAGGAGAAAAGUUUUUGAAGAGGGUGAUGCACAACGACUAUAUUCCUACUUUCGUGAUCGCCAAUUUAAAGAACCUGGAUUUGUGUAUUCCAUGCAAGUUGAUAAAAAUGGGUGUAUGGGAAGUUGCUUUUGGGCUGAUGCUAGAUCAAGAUCGGCAUACCAGUAUUUUGGAGACGUUGUCACAUUUGAUGUCACAUACCUGACCAACAUUUAUAAAAUACCAUUUGUGCCGUUUUCAGGAGUCAAACAUCAUCAUCAGACAAUCAUGUUUGGUUGUGCUUUGUUAGUUAAUGAGACAGCGGAGUCAUAUACAUGGUUAUUGAGAACCUGGCAAGAGACAAUGCUUGGGCGUGCCCCUUCAACGAUAAUUACCGAUGAUGAUAAGGCGAUGGCGAAAGCUAUUGCAGAGACUAUUACAAUUGCUGAGUUCGAAGAGGAAUGGGCAUCGAUAUUGAUGAAGUAUGAUUUAAGAGAAAAUAAUUGGCUGCAAAAUCUUUACAUUCGACGAGAAAAGUGGGUUCCGGCUUACUUGCAUUCAACAUUCUGUGCCGGGAUGUCAAUAACUCAACGGAGUGAAAGUAUGAACAAAUUUUUCAAAGACUAUGUUCGAUCCAGUACUAUGGUCAGUGACUUUGUUCAUCAGUAUGAGGUGGCUAUAGAUGCACGUUAUUUUAAAGAGAAAGAGAAAGAUGUGCGGACGAAGUCUACUCGUGCGAUAUUGAAGACACCUCUUAAAAUUGAAGAGGAGGCAGCACUAAUUUAUACAAGAAAGUCUUUUAUGAUCUUCCAAGAUGAGUUGUUUGAUAGUCUACGGUACAUAUCAAGAAAAUUGUCCACAGAGAGUGAAAGUAAGACUUAUGGGGUGACACCCUAUGGUAAAGAAACACCUGUUUACCAUGUCACGUUGGAGAGUGGUGAAGGUGUUGCCACAUGUACAUGCCAUAAGUGGGAGUUUAUGGGGAUUCUCUGCAAGCAUAUCUUGUGUGUUUUUGGCAAGAAAGAAGAAAAACACAGUUUCCUCACCCGUGCAUUAGAGAAGAUUCAUAAAGAAUUACUUGCAAUGGAAGAUCACGUAGAUACUGAGGGAACACAUUAUACAAAUAGAGGAGAGACUUGCAGUAUUGAUCAAGUAUUAACAAGUCAAGUUGUAUCAAACUUUUCACAAACGGUUCAGGACCCUCCACGGGUGCCAACAAAAGGUCGACCAAAGUCUUUGAGAUCCAAGAAUCCAAAAGAAACGCAAACAACAAAGAAAAGACGCUGUAGCAUUUGCAAGGCUGAAGGACAUGCUAAGAACAAUUGCCCUUCAGUAAGGGAUGUUCGGCCAACAUCUGUCAACCUGUCACAACCAAUGUAA